AAUAUAUUUUUGAGAUAAUUUGUGAGAUAUUGUGAGAUAAUUUGAGAAUGGCGAAGGAGCGUUUGAAUGCUGUGGAUGUGGCGGUGGUAGUAUCGAAUUUGAAGAAACUGAUCUCAAAUCUGACGUUGGUAAACAUUUAUGACAUUACUAACCGAAUUUUUAUCCUCAAAUUCUCGAAAAAUGAGAAUAAAAUUUACAUCCUCAUUGAAAUCGGAUGCAGAAUUCACGCCACUCAAUUCCUCAGAUCCGUAGACCACCUGCCCUCAAAUUUUAACGCCAAAUUGAGGAAGCACUUGAGGAAUCGUAGAUUGCGGGAUAUAAGUCAGAUAUCACAGGAUAGAGUAAUAGAUUUUACCUUUAGUUCAGAGGAAUAUGCGCAUCAUCUGAUAGUACAGUUGUUUUUACCCGGAAAUAUUUACCUCACGGAUCACGAAUAUAAAGUUCUCACAGUACUCAGACCCCAAAACACCGGUGAUAAAUUCUUCAAAGUCGGAUCCAACUAUGUGUAUGAUAUGGAAUAUAAUUCAUGGUUUGAGAAGUUGAGGAGGCCGUUGGUGGAGGAGUUGAUUGUUGGUAACAAGUUAACGGACAUUAUUAAAAAUUUAUUCCCGUCAAUUCACCAUUCGUUUAUUUUCUCAGUGUUAAAAUUAAAAUUAAAAAAUACCAAGGGUGACGGUGUUGAUCCUAAGGACCUGGACAGAGUAUACAAUUUGGAAGAUUUGGACACUGUUUAUCACUAUGUCGAAUGCAUACGAACUUAUUUAUCCGAAUUGUUAAGUGGAAAGGACAAGAUUGGAGGUUAUUUAUAUAAGAAUCAGAAGGGAGAGAUGGAGGACUUUGGCCUGUUUGAGCAGGAGAAUUCUGAGUAUUUUGAAGACUUUAACGACGCGGUUGACGCUUUUUUUACCAAACACGAGCUGGCAAAACAGGAAAAGAAAACCCAAGACAAGAAACCAACCAAGCUCAAUAAAAUUAAAAUUGACCAGGACAAACGUGAGCAAAAGUUAGUGGAGGACAUUAGGAAACUUGAUUUGGAGAUUAAGUUAUUGGAGGAGAAUGUUGAUAUCGCUGAAAACUGCUUAAACCUCACUAAGGCACUUAUUGCCUCUGGUGCUUCCUGGAAUGAUAUUUACGAACAACUCCAAAUUCAACGGAAACAAAAUCACCCACUCGUACACUACAUUAAAGAAAUUAACAUCCCAACUCAAACUCUCAUCUUUCACAACCCAAUUAGUGGUUCUGACCAACUGAGUCAAGGGGGUCAAUCGGGUAAACCUGGUAAAUCUGGCACCCAGAGUAAGCUUAGUAAAGAUUUGACAGCAUCUGUAUCACUGGAUUAUCGUUUGAAUAGUCACCAGAACUUGAAAAAGUUAUAUAAUGAGCGGAAACGGCUGGAGAAUAAAUUGGAGCGAACGAAGAUAGGGAAGGAAUACGCCCUGAAAAAGGUGACCAAAUCCUUAAAAAAACAAGAAACUAAGAAAACUGACAAGAAUAAAAGAGACGUCAGGAUCAGCAGUGUUAGGAAACGGUUCUGGUUUGAGAAGUUCUACUGGUUUAUCACAAGUCAGGGGUACUUAGUUCUUGCCGGCAGAGACGCGCUUCAAAAUGAACUCCUAGUUAAAAAAUACUUAACCAACGGCGAUUUAUACUUUCACGCAGAUAUUCACGGCGCAGCUUCCGUUAUUCUCAAGACUAAUUCUAACUCCUCCAGUUUUAACCUUACCACUGGUACUACGUCAGACAACACCGAGACUACCAAUACUAGUCCUCCGUAUGACAUGAUUAAGAGUGUGAAAGAGUCAAUUGACGAGGCUGGGAAUUUUGCGGUAUGUUUGAGCACGGCAUGGAAUGAGAAGUUUUCAGUUCAGAGUUGGUGGGUGUACUGGCACCAGGUGUCAAAAACGCCACCCACAGGUGAAUAUGUACCCCAGGGCUCUUUUGUAAUUCGAGGUAAAAAGAAUUAUCUACCACCCCAAAAACUCGAAAUGGGCAUCACAUACCUUUUCCAAGUACAUCCAUUCCACUCUCUCGAACCAACCAAUUUCCAAGAUACCCUUGACGGUGAGGGUACUGUAGAUAAUGUCGUAGAUGAGGAAGAUGUGGUAGAUGAUGAAGAUGAGGAAGAUGUGGAAGAUGAUGAGGUAGACGUGGAAGAUGAUGAGGUAGAUGAAGAUGACUCCGACGAUGAAGACACGGUGGAGGAUGAUGGCGAUGAGGUUACUGUGGAAGGCAGUGAUGAUACUAUCGUUGAUGAAGAGAUUACUCCGGAAGAUGACCAAGAUGAUUCCGAGGAUCUUGGGGAUGAUGAGGAUGAGGAAACUUCAGUAGAAGAGGAGGAAAAUGAAAACUCUGAAGAUUCUCUGGAAGAAGACGACGAAGAUGUUUCUGACUCAGCUGAAGAUCCUGAAUCUGAAGAAAACACUGUAGAAGAUGUAGAAGAUGAAGAUACUGAAGGAAACACUGUAGAGGAUGUAGAAGAUGUGGAGGAUGUGGAAGAUAAGAGUGUGAGAAUUGGUCACGCGGAGAUGUUGGAGGAGUAUGAGGCCAAUAUACAAAAGAGAACGAGGGGAAGAUUACCAACAGCACAUCCACUAAAAUCUAAGCUCCUAAAGUUAAAACAUCAACUACAAAAGUUAAAUUUAACCAAAACUAGCAAAUCCAGCAAAUCAUCCUCAACUCAAAUCUCCACCAAAUCGUCCAAAGAUAUGCAACCCCAACCCACUCAACAAAGUGAACAUGUUACCAAUGUGAAACCUGUUACCAAUGUGAAACCUGUUACCAAAGUUGAAUCAGUUUCAAAAGUUGAACUAGAUUCAAAUAGUGCAAGUCCCGAGUCGUGUGAUAAUGUGGAGAGAAAAUCGGUGCGAAUAUUGGAGCCUGAGAAGUUGGAGCAUAGUGAGGAAGCUGUACGUAAAAUUAGAAGCAGAAAACUCACAGCCGUUAACCCAAAGUUCCCCAAAUUCAACGAUUUCAUACCACUCAACUCUGGAGACUCCAGUAACUCUCGAACCAGUAGUGAUGUCAAAUCCACAACUAAUUCCGAUACCAAACUGAAACCUUCUGAGAAUACUAAACUGAAACCUUCUGAGAAUACUAAACUGAAACCUGAGAAUACUAAACUGAAACCUUUUGAGAAUACUAAUGUUAAUGUUAAGCUGGAGAUGACGCAAGUAAAGAGUAGAGGUUCGAGUAGGAUGAUGCGAUUUAUAAACCAGAAAGUGAGUAAGAUAAAGAAAAAGUACGCCCAGGACGAUGAGGAGACACAGGAACUCAGAAGACUACUCACAGGUUCAAAGAAAAUCCAAGCCAAAACUCAAAAAUCACAAUCCACCAAUCAGAAAUCACAAUCCACCAAUCAGAAAUCACAAUCUUCAAAUCAAAAAUCACAAUCUUCAAAUCAGAAAUCACAAUUUACUCCGAAUCAGGUGGGUAAGAUAAGUUAUGGCAACUCUGUGAGUACUGGGCAGAGUGAGAAGUUUAAGGAGAUAGAGACGAUAAGUGACAAGGAGCUUGAAUAUUACAUGAAGCAGCUUUCAUGUUUAACUAAAGAAUUGAAGGAAGACGACGAUGUUAUUAAUGUAAUUCCGAUGUGCGCCCCCUUUUCUGCGAUUAAACAUUAUAAAAACGCCCUGAAACUUGUGCCGGGAAAUGCCAAAAAAGGUACCAUCGCAACACAGUCACUCCAACACUUUAUUAAAAAUGAUCCCGAACGAGCACAUUACCUCAAACUCAUCACCACCGACCAACUCACACUUACACUCAUCGGUAACUGCAAAUUCACAAACUCCAAAAUUUAACACAUAUAAUAUUAUAUAUAAUUA